AUGCUUCGAAACGCUGCCAACGCAGCCCGCAAAGCUGUUACCGAGCUGUCACAAUACCCGAAACCGGGCGAUAAACUUCACGGCUUUACUCUUGUACGAUCGAAACACGUUCCAGAGUUGGAACUGACGGCCCUGCAUUUGCAACACGACAAAACCGGCGCCGACUACCUGCACAUUGCUAGAGAAGACAGCAACAAUGUCUUUUCCAUCGGCUUCAAGACGAACCCGCCUGACGAUACCGGUGUUCCGCACAUCCUCGAGCACACAACCCUGUGUGGCAGCAGCAAGUAUCCCAUUCGCGAUCCAUUCUUCAAGAUGCUCCCUCGAACCUUGUCCAACUUCAUGAACGCAUUUACCGCCUCUGAUCACACCUUUUACCCAUUUGCGACCACAAACGCACAAGACUUCAAGAACCUCAUGUCUGUGUAUCUGGACUCUACCUUGCAUCCGCUCCUGAAACAGUCUGACUUCACCCAAGAGGGAUGGAGGAUCGGACCGGAGAAUCCUCUUGGAGAGACUGAGGAGAGCAAGAAGCUAGUGUUCAAGGGUGUGGUGUAUAAUGAGAUGAAGGGUCAAAUGUCGGACGCUGGUUAUCUAUACUACAUUCGUUUCCAAGAUCACAUCUUUCCGGACAUCAACAACUCUGGUGGCGAUCCCCAGAAGAUUACCGACCUGACUUACGACCAGCUCAAAAACUUCCACGCCGACCAUUACCACCCUAGCAACUCGAAGCUGUUCACAUACGGCGACAUGCCCUUAGCCGACCAUUUGCAGGAGCUGGACGCUAGACUCCAGGCGUUUGAAAAGAUACAAAUCGAUAAGGAGGUCCACGAACCCGUCAAGCUUACGGGCCCUCGCGAGGUAACGCUAAAGGGUCCUUCAGAUCCCCUGGUUGAUCCUGAUCGUCAGUACAAGACUUCGGUAUCAUGGAUUACCGGAGAUACCAGUGAUGUUGUCGAAUCAUUCUCAAUUGCUCUGCUGUCUACGCUUUUGAUGGACGGAUAUGGCUCGCCUCUCUACCGUGGUCUUAUUGAGACUGGCAUGGGCGCCGACUGGAGCCCCAAUGCAGGAUAUGAUAGCUCGGCCAAGCGCGGCAUCUUUUCGAUUGGUUUGACCGGAGUUCAGGAAGCCGAAGUUCCCAAGCUGAAGGAAACCGUUCGGGACAUCUUGAAGCAGGCCCGUGACAAUGGGUUCGACAAGACCAAGAUUGAUGGCGCCUUACAUCAGCUGGAGCUGUCCCUAAAGCACAAGACUGCCAACUUUGGCUUUUCUAUGCUGAACAGACUCAAGCCCAAGUGGUUCAACGGAACGGACCCAUUUGACUCUCUUGCUUGGAACGACACUAUCUCGGCAUUCCAGACCAGGCUAGCGGAAGGCGGGUACCUCGAGAGCCUUGUCGACAAGUAUUUGCUUAACGAUAACACUCUCACGUUCACAAUGGCACCGUCGACCACGUUUGGAGAGGAUCUUGCAACAGAAGAGCAAGAACGCUUGUCUACCAUGAUUGGCGACGCUAUCAAGACUGCCGGAGGUGAGGAGAAAGCUCGCAAGCAGUUCGAGCAACAAGAGCACGCACUCCUUGCCGAACAAAACAAGACAAAUACCGAGGAUCUAAGCUGUCUGCCAACUGUGCACGUCAAGGAUAUUCCACGAACGAAAGAGCCGGUAAUCGUGCGCGACGAGGUUCAGAAUGGCACCGCUAUUCAAUGGCACGAGGCACCAACGAACGGAUUGACCUACUUCCGUGCUAUCAAUACCCUGGAAAAUCUGCCAGAUGACCUCCGAGAACUUGUCCCUCUGUUCACAGACAGCAUUAUGCGUCUUGGGACCAAGGACAUGACCAUGGAGCAGCUCGAGGACUUGAUCAAGUUGUCAACCGGUGGCGUCUCUGUCGGAUAUCACUCCACGGCGUCACCCACCAACUACGAGGCAUCGAGCGAAGGCAUCAUCUUCACGGGCAUGGCAUUGGACCGAAACGUCCCCGUAAUGUUUGACAUUCUUCACAAGCUGGUAUUGGAGACCAACUUUGAUAGCCCCGAGGCAGCCCUUCGCAUUCGACAACUGCUCCAAGCUUCCGCGGACGGCGUUGUCAACGAUAUCGCCUCAUCGGGCCAUCGAUUUGCCGUGGGCUAUGCUGAAUCUAGCCUCACUCGAAGUGCAUGGUUGCGACAGCAGGUCGGUGGACUGUCACAGGUGAAACUAGUCACCAGACUAGCUGGCCGACCGGAGUCCGACAAGCUUGAGGACGUCAUCAACAAGUUGAAGCAAAUCCAACGAUUCGCGCUCUCAAGCGACAAUAUGCGCACAGCAAUCACCUGCGGCACUGAAAGUGUGACGAAAAACUCUAGUUCCCUUAAGUCCUUCAUGAACGCCCUCCCCAAAGGUGUUUCGGACUUGAAGAACCCAGAGCCGCGGAGAUUACCCACCGACCGCAAGACCUUCUUCCCCCUCCCGUACCAAGUGUACUAUGGCGGCCUGUCAGUACCUACAGUGUCGUACACGGCACCUGAAGGUGCGCCGCUACAGAUUCUGUCCCAGCUCCUUACCCACAAGCACCUGCACCACGAAAUUCGCGAGAAGGGUGGCGCGUACGGUGGCGGUGCCAUGUACAAACCGCUGGAUGGUCUGUUUGGCUUCUACUCGUACCGCGAUCCCAACCCCCAGAACACUUUGACCAUUAUGCGCAACGCGGGGAAGUGGGCAGUCAAUAAAGAGUGGACGGAUCGCGAUCUGGAAGAGGCCAAGAUCUCAGUCUUCCAGGCUGUCGAUGCACCCAAGGCAGUCAACCAAGAGGGCAUGGGCAAAUUCCUCUCCGGUAUAACCGAAGAAAUGCGACAGAAGAAGCGAGAGCAGCUACUCGACGUGUCAAAAGACCAGGUCAAGCAAGCUGCGCAGAAAUAUCUCGUCGACGCACUCGAACAGGGCGAAGAGCGCGUAGCCUUCCUCGGCGAGCGUCAGCCAUGGGUAGACGACUCAUGGAAAACGCAGGAGAUGAAUGUCGCAGUGGGCGAGUAA